GGUGGGGGCAAUACAUUCGGCGGUGCGUCGCAUCGACGAGAGAAUCUGAGCAGUGUUAUUGAUCGCGCGAUAAAAAUAAACGCCAGUCGAGCCGGAGUUUCUUCAACGAGCCCGAAACGACUUCGUGCCAAUAAUCGCGAUGGUGACGUCGCAGCAACAUCGUCGUUUAUCGUCGUGACGCCGACAUUGCGCGAUUAUCUGACGUACGCCGGCAUAGUGACGUCCGCCGACGACAAAGUGCCCUUUCCGUCGACCGGUUCCGCGGACGAGCGAGCGUUGUACGGCGCACUGGAAACGCACGAUGCUACCAUCGCGCGAGAGAGCAGUUUCUUCGACGAGCGCUGCGAAAGUGCCCUGAAGACCGUGUUCGCGGCCGCAAAGAUCGUGCCCAUGAGUCGAUUGUGCGCCCAGAUACACGGCCACGCUCGCCGCGUCGGUGCUGCGAAAAAAUGGGCCGAUUGGUAUCAACGAUCGACAGAUUUGGGUCUCCUCAGCGACCCAGGGCACACCGAUCUUAAUGCACGUGUCGUUGACGGAAUGCGCGUUCGCGCGCACAUCCUUUGCUCGUUUCGCGCGAAAAUUAGAGAUGCGUCCGAUCGAGCUCAACUGUAUCGCGCGAUUGUUGUUCCAUACCGAACGUACGUCUCGAGGGGCAGAACCGCGCGUCGAUUCGUUGCAAUUGGCCGAUCUGGGCAGAUUGGGCGUGCGGUCGUUGUACUACCGUCGAAUCUAUCUGCUGCAUCUGUUGACCUACAUGUGCGUGGUUGAAGCGCUUCGCUGCUCCGACAAACGGACGAUUCUGGUCAUGGAGUACGAACUGCGUCAAUUGAUGCGUCUGUCGACCUGUUGGAGCAUAGCCAUUCACUCGGAGCCGAAUAUGGAUCUGUAUUACAUGUGACCGGCGCUGACCAAUUACUCGAACAUACCGAUUUUUUAAUCACCACCCUUCCGAUCGCAGUAUCGACGAGCGGCCGUUUAUAGCACCGCAGCGACCGACUGACCGUACAGUGCGCAUCGUCGGUCGAAUACGGUCAGUCGGUUGCUGCGGGGGUGAACACGGGUCGUCGCAAAAUGUGCAUUACAAACUGGAAACGAGUCUAACGUUCUCACUACCGGUGAGCGUCGGUCAAGGUGGCCUGCUGGAGCGCCUAUGGCGAUGGCCCGAAACCCUCGGGAGUUUCGUCUAUCGUAAAACUCGUCACGGUGCGUUCCAUUGGCGAAUGGACGCGGUGUUUGCACUCGGUGAGCGAACGCACGCUCAUAGGCGAUCGCCGCUUGGAUAUAGUUCGCGCGCUGAUCGAAUCGCCAGCAUCCGCGACGACGGUGUCGGAGUUCAAAGCGUCCAUGGUGAUGGAUCGCACGGUUCGUUACGAAGAUAGCGUGACAUUGGGCGCGAAUAUACGUUAUCCGAUGGUGCUGGACGAUCGUCUGAGUCUCGAAUUGAAUCCGCUAGCGGUGGAAUUUGAGCGCGAGCUCUUGGAGAGCGAGGAUGACAUCAGCGACAAUAAUCUGAGCAUCGCGUUCGAGCAUCGGUUGUCUCUGAGCGUUCGACUGUGCGCGCGAUGCCUCUCGUUGAUCCACGAGUUCUCGUUGUCAUGUCUGUCGUGUCGCGAUCGCUCGAUUGUAAGAAUCCCGGUUCGUUUGUCGCUACGAUCCUCCAUGAACGAGUACCACGAGAUUGCGUAUUGGUUCGAGCUGGAGUGCGAGGAGGCAUCGUCGACGAAGGCGUCGAUCGAUGGCGCCGAACGACUCUGCCGCGGCGCAAACAACGAAGAGGACACCGAGUCGUCGCGAUUGACGAGACAUAGGGCCAUCGCCGCGGUGUUUCGCUCGGUCGCGUUACCCAUGCUCGCCGUGGAAUGGCCGGACGGACUGUCACGCGAGUCGCUGCCACGCACACCCGAGCGACCGUGGCUGAACGAUCACAAGAGACCGGUUCGCAUGAUCAGCGGCGAGAGUUUCGGCACGCACCAACGAUUGUUUGAGCAUCUGGUGAAUACCGCGAUCGCCAACGAAGACACCGUCGAUCAAUUGCGACUCAAGUACGACAGCGAGCGUACGUACGACUGGUACGCCAUGGAUGAAUUCUGGGUCGACUCGGAACGAGUGGCCAACGUUCCCGCCGCGCUUUGAGACGUACUCGGCGGAUUGUACGUGUACCAGUUGGAGAGCGAGCGAGUGCAUCGCGACUGCUACGGCGACGGUAGUAGCGACAGCGGCAACGAUGGGCGGUUGGGCGAGCGCAAUCACGCCAUCACCGAGGCGAUUUUCGUGCUGUCUCAUCGAGACGCGAUAGCGCUGACCGGCGGAGGUGCUCUCUCGCGACAGAUCGAGGUCUCGUCGUACGGUCGCGCGCCCGAGCAAGACUCACCAGAGACCGCGUAUCUGAUGUCCGCGCGAUGCGACAACAGCGAAACGGAGCCCGCGUCGACGUCGUUCUGGACUGAUUUGCGCGCGAGCGUAUUCGAGAGCGACCAAGUCGCAUCGUCGCGCGUCACCGCGCGAUUGCUCAAUGACGAGCAGCAGUGGUGUCGGCGCGCAAUAACCAGUUGGCGCACCGCGCGAUAUCGAAUAACCGUGUCAAAAUUGACGCGUGAUCUGUUCGACUCGACCGAUCACCAUGAUCCGGAGAGCCGUUGGAGCGGCGCAUCGUCGUUCGUUGUCGCGUCGGCCGCACUGUCGUGUUUGACCACGAUCGACGACGAUCCGUUUGCGCGCGCGUUGAGCCCCGAGUACUCGGAACACUGUUCGACGCAUGAGCGAGAUUGUCGCUCGCUCGCCGAAUCGAGAGACCGGCAAUCUGCGCGUCAUCUCCACUUACGUUGUACCGGAUCAAUUUGUCGAUCUAUUGCGCACAUAUCGCGACAGCGAUUCGUUUCUCCGAGUGGACGGGCUGCUGAGACUCACGCGUCGAUGCGACAAAUUGCUGACUUACGAGAAAUUUAAAUUGCAUCAAACGAUUGAAGUGCUGGUGACGCGAGAUUACGGUACUCUCUGCGCCUCGAACGGACAUCCGAUAGCGAGAUUUCUGCGGGUUUCGCAAACACCGAGCGAGUCGUCGAUGAAUCGCGACGAUGACGACGGAGCGAAUAGUGAAUUCCACGCUCGUUGCGCAAACUGCGAGUUUGAUCAUUGGACCGAGUGGAAAUGGCUCGAUGAUACGUCCGUUCGAUCACCAUCGGCCGAUGCCGGUCGAACAACGACGAUACUCGCUGUACACGGCUUGCCGAAGCCACGCGCGAACAACGGUCUGAUCGCCGAAUUGGAGUUUCGAGGUCGAAUUUCGCGACAGGAGCGCGUGACGAUUCUAUCGCGAUUUGCCGGAUGGCGAUCGGACAAGGAACACGCUGACAAAUCGGCCAAAUUUCACGGAAUACUGUUUAGUGAUUGCGAAUAUCUCGAUGACGAUUCAGUGGUGGUACAAUAAAACGACAUUUAGCACACUCUCACUUUUUUCCGCGCAAAAUGCCUAGAAUGGAGGGAUUACGAACUUUUUCAAUCGACCAAUAACCGAUGUUUAGAAUGCUCCCACUUUUGCGCAAAAGGUCCGGUAUGGGGGGGGUAAA